ACCAUAACACAAGCAUAUACCCCAAAUACCUGCUGAGCAGAGGGACAUGGACCAUGUCAUUGAUCAAUUGUAACAGUUCUAGUACCUGAAGGAAGCUAUGGUAAAAGGAAGUAUCAGGGGCAGAGGUGGACAGAAAGAAGCAGAAGGCCCUAGGGAAAAGCACACCUAACCUCUCAUGUAGCUCAAAUAUUCCACAUCAGGCAUUAGAGGAAAAGUUUGUGUGCGUGUGAGUGUUAGAACAGCCCAGUUCGCAGUUUACUCAGUAAGCAGUUCAGAAAACUUUUCAAGGUUCUGAGCUGAAACACUUGCUCUGCCAAAGCAUAAUCCUAGAAUUGUGCUUUUUGGCAACAGCAGCAUAUGGACCAUCAAUUAAACUAUGUUAUUGCAGCACCUGAAUAUCCAGCAACUCCCAUUUUGGUACCAAAAAAGAAAAAAAAAAGGCGCUAAGUCUUUCAGAAAGUGCUCUUUCAAUUUUGACAAAUUUAAACUGUCACAUUUAGUUCCUAUGUGAAAAGCGAGAGCUCACGACAAUCUGAACCUAUUAUUUUUUUUUGACACCACGCGCUGCAGAGCUGCAUUCCACAUAAUUCCACUGCUGCUGCACAAGCACCAGCCCAACCCAAUGACUCCUCGCCUGCCAGGCUCCUAGGGCUGCUGAAUCCAGACUUCUCCUGGCCCCACACCCAGCUGUGCCCUUCCCUUGGACGCUGGCACAGCAAAACCAAAGGAUUUGUUGUAUCUCCAGUGCCCCUGGGAGAGCCGUGGUGCCCUCUGCACGUCCUCUCCCCAAGGGUCUGGUAGCUGGAGAUGUGGGAUGAAAGAAAAGAAUAAAAGUGGGUAAAGGCACCCCAGGGCCUCAGGGACAGUCCAGAAAAAUUGGAUUUGCUACCCAGUGUGUAACAAGCCAGUAAUUACACACCUGGAAGAGACAUUGCUCAUUCUCUCUACAGCUCCCUGAGAGCAGCUUGUAACCAGGUGAGGCUCGGCCUCUUCUCCAUGACAAGUGACAGGACGUGGUCUUAACUCGCGCAGCAUAGGUUUAGGUUGGACAUUAGGAGGAAUUUCUUCACAGAAAGGGUGAUUUGCCACCGGAACGGGCUGCCCAGGGGGGCGGUGGAGUCCGCGUCCCCGAGGUGUUUAAGGAGAGGCUGCGUGUGGCACCCGGUGCCAGUCCGGUUGACAAGGUGGUGUUCGGUCACAGGCUGCACUCGAUGGUCUCAGAGCUCUUUUCCAACCGCACUGAUUCCGAUUCUAUGAUUUAUUUCAGAGUUGCACAAGCCUAGGCGCUGGCUGGCAGCGGCAUUCAUGUUCCCCGGCACGGUUUAUUGUCAGCACUAGUUAGGACUCCCGGCGCCCCUCGGAGCCCCCCCGCCAUGGCGCCCGGCACCGCCCUGACGUCACUUCCCGGGCCGCGGGGCCGCCCCUGCCGGCCGCGCUCCCCAUGGCGGCGGCGGUGGCGGCGGCUGGCGGGGCGGGCGGCGGCGGCGGCGCCUCGGCGGCGCUGGGCGACGGCGGCGCCAUCGACUACUCGGUGCACGAGGCGUGGAACGAGGCCACCAACGUGUACCUGCUGGUGGUGCUGGCCAGCCUCGCCCUGCUCGUCUACGCGCGGCGGAACAAGAGGAGGAUCAUGCGCAUCUUCACCCUGCCCCCGGCCGCCGAGACGCCGCCCGAGCCCAACUUCUACGACAGCAUGAAGAAGAUCCGCCUGCGGCAGCAGCUGGAGAUGUACUCCAUCGGACCUGAACGGAAUAAUAGUUCUCUGCCAUUGAUUCACUGACAUUUUGUUAUGACUCUGCUGUUCAGCAUAUAUACGGCCAUACACUAAUGGUGAAGUUCUACAUGGUGACUGAAACUUCCCCUUGUGAGGCUGAAAUUAAGUUCUCUGAUGCUUCAUCUGUUUCUUGAUUGUUGUCAUAGUUACAUUAAUAUAUAUAAACAUGUAUGUGUACAUAUAUACAUGUAUGUAAUAAAUAAUAUAGUGAUAGCAAUAAUAAUAUAAAAUAAAUUGUAUAAUCGGUGUUGA